AUGGAACAGCAAACGUCGACGUCAACGGUAACAGUCGAGUAUUUCGAUCCCCACGAUGUUUACAAGCUCCUGGCCCCAGGGCUAGUCCCCCGGCUUCCUCUCCACAACCUCAACUGGCAGUCUCACUCCGGGCCGCUUCGAUCAAUCGAUACGCUGCAUGUCGAGCUGAUUCGGGGGAGUCUUGAGAUCCCAGAGUCCACCUUGUCACCGACAUCUCGGCGUUCGGGCAGUGUCUCGCGAGCGGACGACGGCUUGCGGUCACGCAGUGUGAGCGUCUCUACGGAUUCGGGGAGAGCUCCGCCAUCGCUUCGCUCGAAAGCUAGUGGGAACCUACGGCGACAUCAGAUCCCAGGGCUCCGCCGAACGCCGUACCUCAAGCUGCUGCUUGUUCGAUGCGAUGACAACGACUCAUACAAGAACUCGGUGCGAGCCGAGGUUCGCGAGUGGGUCAAGAACCAUACGUCGCCCGUGAGCACCUCGAAGAAGGGGACUGGUCAAGAGAACCAUGAUGCAUUUGAGUGGCUGAUUGUUCAUGUUGUCAUCCCCAACACUGCCGCUUCAACUCAGCCGAGAAGCAGCGGCAAGUCGGACUCGGCGGAGAAGAGUACGGCGUCGCGAUGGCGCCCAGGGACAACCCCUUUACUGGAGAAGCUUCGAUCGGACUUUAAUGCCACAGCCAAAGGAUCUCAAGACCAUGUCUCUCAGAUCAGGAUUGGUAUCAACGACGUACCAUACGACCUUUUGCCCAGAGUUGUCCCAGCAGUGCCGUCGGGCUACACAGAAACGGAAACAGAUGCUGAAAAUGCUUGGAAUGAUUUAAUAGCCAAAAUUAAGAGCCUCAUACUCGCCUCAUUUGAUAUGCGAGUUACUCAAUACGAAGAAGAUAUUCGGGAAAAAGAUGCGCAGCGAACUCUGCCCGGAUGGAACUUUUGCACCUUCUUCAUUCUGAAGGAAGGGUUGGCGAGGGGAUUCGAGAGCGUUGGCCUUGUGGAGGAUGCGUUAGUUGGGUACGACGAGCUCAGUGUCGGACUGGAUACGGUUCUUCACGAGCAGCUUGAAACGGGAUCGCCGGAGAGACAUGGUGGUGAAAUGCUGGCUUUUACCGAGGAGCUCAGAGACAUUGCUGAGAAAGCACUGGACAUUGCUGCCGGAGAUAGUAGCGACGAUGGCAGUGACACCGACUCGAAAGCAACAGGGGAGGUCAAGGGCCCAAACUUUGACGAGAUUGCCAUCAGCUCGACAACAAAGGCAUACCGGGACAUGAUUCUAGCAAACAAGGUGUCCGUAUUCGACUUUAGAUGUUACAUCUUCUCCCGUCAAAUUGCCCUGUUGCUAAGGCUAGGCAAUGCGCUUUCUUCCAAAGAAGAGCUCAUUGCAAUGCUUAAAAGCCAACAGGAGUCUAUCCUUUACGGCGAGGCUCCUAUGGCGCUGCCGCCGCCCAACAACAAGGACGAGCCGGAAAAUCUCAUCACUUUUGCAGAGAUAUGCCAGCGGACGCUGCAGUUUAUCCCCUCGGUCUCGCAGAUAUUGCGACGAGACGUCAUCCUUGGGUUAACAGCGAGCAAAACACCGAGCCGCAAGGCACCCAAACUGAGCCCUUUGGCAGAAGAAACGGUAGACAACAUGGUGUCUUCAUUUGCUUUUUCUGUUGCCCAGCAAAUUCUUGCCCAGACCUCAACAAAAGCGCUUCCAAUCCCGCCGUCUUCGCUAUCGUAUGGAGAUGGGCUUGAACCAAAAUCUUCUAUCCCUGAACCCAAGACCAUGAUACACCCAGCCCGAAACUCAUCGCUACUUCCAAGAUCAGGGGGAGGAAGCAUUCCACCACCUCCACUCAGCCCGGGUUUCUUCCCUGGUCCCGGCAGACAGUUUCCAAACAUCGGUGAUGCGCAAGGCACGAAUAACUUCCUUAAAAAUGGCUUAGAGGAUUUGGCAGCUCGCCGAGCUGAACUUUAUAUGCUUUCCAGAAGUAUCCUCUCAAGCCUUGGAAAGAAGCGCAGUUGGAGCAACGGCUGGGACGAGGCCCCCUUGGUGAGGGGAAUCGACGUUGAUGAAAUGGAAGACGUCGAUUUAAACGAUGAAAAUGACAAGGAAAAUGAAUCUGACACUCCUUCCUCGCCCAAAAAGGCAUACUCUCCGUUGAUGGCCGGUAUUGUCAACCCCGUCCUACGGACUGCAAUCGACAACAAGGACGAUUUCUACCGCCUAUUUGAGAUUCUCACGGAUAAAGCCAUGCGGCAUUACACGGUGGCCAAUCAUGAUCAUGCGGUUCACUCCAGCAUGGCAGAUUUGGCCGUGCUGAAAGUUCACUUGAAGGACUACAAGGCUGCUUCAUCCUACUUUUCUCUCACCACACCCUUUUUCGGAGAGAGCGGCUGGAGCUUGCUCGAGCUAUCCAUGCUCAUCAUGUAUUGCCAAUGUUUGGAUGAGAUGAACCCAAAAGGCGAGCACGUUGGGGUUGCGUUGAAGCUAUUGACCAAAUACUGUGCCGCGGAAAAAGAACGUCUGCAAAAGAAAUCGGGUUUUACCCGUUUCUCACAGGGCAAGACUUAUCCGGAUGCCUGGCCAGUGACUGGCAUAGUCGAAAAGCUCACGCGACUAGCCAAGUCAUUGUCAAAGGAAGUCAAGAUACCUCUGGAAAAUUUCUUCACAGGUGUGGAACUGGACGGGUUUCCAGAGUACGAGGAGAAUCAAGACGGCUGCACUCUCAACAUAAGCAUCAGGAGCCUGCUGCCUGAAGACAUCUCGUUUGAUGCUGCAAAAGUACGAAUCACAUCUGUUGACGAAGGGGCUAGCAGAGAACGAAUGUUUGAGGCGGUAGCAGGUGUACCCAUCACUUUGGUACCUGGUAAGAAUAAGAUACGAGUGAGCUGUAAAUCUGUGGCCUCGGGACGUUACAAAAUAGACCGACUUGUCCUUUCAGCGGAAAAUCUCGUUUUACACUUUGAGCGGGAUGUCAGCGUUGCUACAUCCAGCACAACGGACAUAUUCAAGCAUGCCGAUGUUAUGCUUUUUCAGCGCACUGGCACAUUCGACGUUACCUUGACUGCUACGAAGCAAACGUCUUUGGAUAAGAACAAUUCGCUUGACCUCGUAAUACGUACCGGAUGGAAUUCUAUCAAGAAGUGCGAGGUCCGGGUGAAGCCAGCUACUGGAGGUCUGCGUUUUCUUACUACGGAAGCAGCAUUUGUGGGCUCCUCAAUGGAGUUUGCGAAACCGCCUGAGGCUGGCGUGUUUUAUUUCGAUGUCAUUGCCGCCGAAACGGUGGUAACGAUACGAUUCCCAUACUCUGUGGAGCAAGACGUUGCAGAUGUCUUUGCGAAGAUUGAAGCUACAUAUGUCACGGAGGCGGACGAGACUUUUCACCUGGCCAAAUCUCUGGCAGUCCAUAUAGCUUUGGCACUCGGUGUUAAUGUGCAGGACGUGUUUAAGCACGAAGCACUCUUCUCUCGGUUCAAUGUGUCAACAGCAUCAAACAGCCCGCUACGGCUCCACAAGAGCGAGCUUCUACGUUCGGAUCUCUUUGAUUCGGUAUUUGGAGUUCCCCCGGCCAAUCCUGUCUUUAUCUUUCCGAAGCAGCCAGCGAGUUUGAUGUUCAAGGUGAAGAGGAUACCGGGGGCAAAGCCGAUGCCCAAUGGCGGCAGGACCUUGUAUCUGAAGCUUGACUACACCUUACUGGAAGUUGAGAUGGAAGAACUGAUAAAGCGGUCUCUAAUAGAAGCUUUGGAGACGACGCCCCUGAAGCAAUACUCCAAGUAUGUUGUGGCAACGGCUUGGCGUGAAUUCAAGGCCAAGAUGCAGCCGCGAGACCUCGAGCAAGCUACUCUACUAGGAGAGAUGGCAAUCACUAGUUUGAAGGAUGUAGCGUGGGAGAAGCAUUUUGCAGGAAUUGGAGGAGCACCCGGAGUUGGCGAGCAAGCGGCCGAAGGGCUGUCGGCGUUCCUUCGAACUUGGCAAAAAGCCAACAGCCGUCUCGCCAUACCAAGAGACGGCACAAUCGACCCGUCGUCGAUCCUCAUCCCCGUGGAAAUACCCGCGCUACCAGUCCUCCACACGGCGGAUAUCCGCCUGCAGAGCCUCAUCCCAAGUCCCGUUGUGGGCAGCACAAGUGGAGGUCUCCCAACCGUCUGCACGAACCAGAUGCUCCCGGCGACGCUGCACCUCAAGUGGACGCGGAUCUGGGACACGGACUCGUCAGUGCGCAGCGAUCAAGAGUUUAGCUAUGAGGUCACGGCACCCGCAGAUACGUGGCUUCUGGGUGGGCGUCGAAAGGGCCACUUUGUUAUCCCGGGGCCAUCGGCUUCGUCGCCAGCGCAGACCAUGACGUCGACGCCAGAGACCGAGGCUGAGAUUCCGCUCAUCCUGAUUCCUCUGCGGGAAGGCUGGCUGCCGUAUCCGCUGGUCGAGAUCAGAGAGGUUGUCAAUGCCGAGGGGGAUGGUGGUCAGGCCUCGGCGCAGGGGUGCGAGGUGGACUUGAGGAACCUGGGGGAGACGGUGCGGGUUGUGGGAGACAGGAGCGGCAUGACGGUGAGCCUGGACGCGAGCGGCCCUGGAGGAGGGCCGUUGGUGUUUGAGAGCGAGCGGCUGGCUGGGUUCAAGGGCAAGAUCGUUGAGUGA